UGAGAGUGAUUCAUUUAAUUAAAACUGAGAGAAUCAUUUUCUUUGUUUUUAAUUUUUCUCUUGUUUUCUGGGAAUAUCAAAUACACUAUUUUCAUCAAUAUUCGAAUUUCUAUCCUCUUGAUUUUAGUUAAAUACCGAACCUAAACCUAUCAAUUUUAAAAAAAACUAACUGUGUCGUUCAUCAGACAUUUGAUGCAUUCCAAACUAUUGUUACAGUCUGUAUAGUUCCAACCUCGGUUUGAAUCUAGUCUUUGAGAUAUGAACUUUUAUUAUAGUGGGAGUGGCGGCAAACCCUUUGGUGACAACGAAAGGGACAAAUGGUAUGUUCUAGGUGCAGCAGCAGCAGUUGCCUUUCUUGCCACUAUUACCAUGUGGGAAAUGGGAUAUAAAGAAAUUAGUUGGAAGGAAUUUGUACAAAACUAUUUACAGAAGGGAGUUGUAGAGAAACUGGAAGUUGUAAAUAAAAAGUGGGUACGAGUUAAACUCCUACCUGGAAAUUCUGCAGAUGGAUCUAAUGAGAUAUGGUUCAACAUUGGCAGCGUAGACUCGUUUGAAAGAAAUUUAGAAAAUGCCCAACAAGAAAUGAGUGUUGAGCCACCCAAUUUUGUCCCUGUCAUCUAUAAAACUGAAAUAGAGGCUGCCAGCCUUUCCGGAAUGCUUCCUACUUUGUUAGUUAUUGCAUUCCUGAUUUAUAUGAUGAGGAGGUCUGCUGAAAUGAUGGGAGGGAAAAGAGGAAGGAAAGGAGGUGGUUUAUUUGGAGGUGUUAUGGAGAGUACCGCAAAGUUGAUCAACUCUAAUGAAAUAGGCGUUAAAUUUAAGGAUGUUGCAGGAUGUGAAGAGGCCAAGAUAGAGAUCAUGGAGUUUGUGAACUUCCUGAAAAACCCACAGCAGUACAUUGAGCUAGGUGCGAAAAUACCCAAGGGGGCAAUGUUGACAGGCCCUCCUGGUACUGGUAAAACCUUGCUGGCCAAAGCAACAGCUGGAGAAGCAAACGUUCCCUUCAUAACAGUGUCUGGUUCCGAGUUUCUAGAGAUGUUUGUCGGUGUGGGUCCAUCUAGGGUAAGAGACCUUUUUGCCAUGGCUAGAAAGCAUGCUCCCUGCAUUCUGUUCAUUGAUGAAAUUGACGCCGUGGGUAGAAAACGAGGAGGUAGGAGUUUUGGUGGCCACUCUGAGCAAGAGAACACCUUGAAUCAACUUUUGGUUGAGAUGGACGGCUUCAAUACUACAACGAACGUUGUGGUGUUAGCGGCAACCAAUAGGGUUGAUAUAUUAGACAAAGCACUACUCAGACCCGGCAGAUUCGAUCGUCAGAUCUUCGUACCAGCUCCAGACAUCAAAGGAAGAGCGAGCAUAUUCAAAGUCCACCUGAAACCUUUGAAGACCAACUUGGACAAAAUCGACCUGGCGCGCAAAAUGGCUGCUCUAACGCCUGGUUUCACGGGUGCAGACAUCGCUAACGUCUGCAACGAAGCAGCGUUGAUAGCUGCGAGGGACCUGAACGACGCCAUCAACAUGAAGCAUUUCGAGCAGGCGAUAGAACGUGUCGUUGCUGGUAUGGAGAAGAAGACCAACGUGCUGUCUCCUGAAGAGAAAAAGACAGUGGCGUAUCACGAGGCGGGACAUGCGGUAGCUGGAUGGUUCUUGAGGUACGCUGAUCCUUUGUUGAAGGUGUCGAUCAUCCCCAGAGGGAAGGGAUUAGGUUAUGCCCAGUAUUUGCCGAAGGAUCAAUACUUGUACACCAAAGAACAACUUUUCGAUAGAAUGUGCAUGACCCUGGGCGGUCGUGUUUCAGAAGAAAUCUUUUUUGGUAGGAUAACAACUGGCGCGCAAGACGAUCUUAAAAAAGUCACACAAAGUGCCUAUGCACAGGUUGUCCACUACGGAAUGAACGAGAAAGUUGGAAAUGUCAGUUUUGACAUGCCCCGUGAGGGAGACAUGAUGCUGGAAAAACCCUACUCUGAAAGUACAGCACAACUCAUCGACAUUGAAGUUAGGGACUUAAUCACAAGCGCGUACAAACGUACUCAGGUUCUGCUGACUGAAAAGAAAGAGGAAGUCGCUAAAAUUGCCGAAAGGUUACUCAAACAGGAGAUCAUAAGCAGAGAUGAUAUGAUAGAACUACUAGGAAAAAGACCUUUCCCAGAGAAAUCCACUUAUGAAGAGUUUGUCGAAGGUACUGGUUCCUUUGAGGAAGAUACAUCGCUUCCAGAGGGACUGAAAGAGUGGAAUAAAGAGAAAGGGAAAGAAGAACCUCAACCAACAUCUUAGGUUUUCCGAAUUGUUAAGUAGUAAAUAAUAUAUUUUAUUUUCGCUACAGGCUGCUUCUAUUUGGAGUUAAACAGACCCACAGACAGACCCACAUUUGUUUUAGUUUUUUCAUGAGACUUAUCUUCCAUCUGGAGCUUAGUUAAAUUGAAUGAACAAUGAUGAACACUGUUCUAAAGACUCGUUCGUUUUGGAUGACGCUUAUUGUCCACAUAUGUUAAUAUUAUUUUAGUUGUGUUUUAUUCAAAAGAUUCCAAAAAAUAUAAUUGGUUGAUAGUA